GUAUAGUAGUUCCCCGCCGCCGCUGGUCCCGUCGUUGCUGUUGUUGUUGCCGUCGCUGCCGCCGUCACCGUCGUCGUAGUAUAGAGGUUUACGUUGGGUGUCCGGGUCUGCUGUGAGGUUGGUCGUGUGCUGACUUUUCUCCUCUGUAUUCGUUCGUAUUUGUUUUGAGUUUGCAUUGCCCCGACCGCCGCUGGAUACUGCUGUCUCGUGUCCGCAUCAUGUUCAACGUAAAUCUCAACUGGAAAGUCAAAGAAAUCAUCGACAAGGCGACCAAUGUACUCUACAACUACACGGAGCAGGAAGCGAAAGUGCGAGAGGCAACGAACGAUGAGCCUUGGGGCCCGCAUUCGUCGUUGAUGCAGGAAAUCUCUCAGGCAACUUUCUCCUACGAGUCGUUCCCUGAAGUGAUGGGAAUGUUAUGGCGGCGGCUGUUGGAGGACAACAAACGCGUCUGGAGAAGAGUCUACAAAGGUCUCCUGCUGUUGGAUUACCUGGUAAAGAAUGGCUCCGAGCGGGUUGUGACAUCCGCCAGAGAGCAUAUCUACGACCUGAGAGGUUUGGAAAACUACACCUUCGUCGAUGAGAUGGGCAAGGAUCAAGGCGUAAACGUGCGGAAUCGUGUGAAGGACCUCAUCGAGAUGAUCAUGGACGAUGACAGACUCCGCAACGAGCGCAAGAAGGCGAAGAAAUCCAAAGACAAGUACAUUGGACUCUCCGGUGAAUCGAUGGGCUUCGCUUCCAGGAGGGACGCUGACUUCUCAGAUUUUCCCUCGGAGAGGCGAAAUCAGAGAAGAGGCAGUUUCGGAGACUCGAACGACGAGGACAGUGAUCGCGAGAACAAGCGCGGAUUCCGGGACUCGCCAUCACCUCCCCAGCGCAAGGAGAACGCUUUCGAAGACGACGACGCUGCGCCCGCACCGAAGCCGACAACCGGGCAUCACAAUUUCGACAACAAGCCCCGAAAAUCUGUGCCUUCAAAAAUGAUCGAUCUCGGAGCGGCUGCCACGUUCGCUGCGGAAGCCAAGCAGACCCAGUCUAAACCGACGCCGGAAACGGCGGCUCCGAAAAGUGCUGACCUCCUGGACGGAUUCGGUGACUUCGGAUCGAGCAGCACCCCAUCUUCUGCCAACGGAGACUUUGCCGACUUCAGUCAGUUCCAGAACGCGCCGUCGGUAAGGGCCGCACCCGCGACCUCGGGUACGGGUUUGAGCUCCGCCACAGACGAUGAUUUCGCCGACUUCGCUUCGUUCGAUUCAAACGCCCCUCCGUCUAAGCAGUACAACUCGCUGCCGAUACAAACUUCAAGUACAAUCAACAACAAUUCAUCGGCGCUCCCCGAAGAUCUGUUCGGGGGGCCGCCACUCUCGCUGCCCCCUGUCCAGCCCUCGACAUUCUCGUCCGUGUCUCCUCCCGGCGUCAUGAACGUCAUGAGUCCGGUGCUGCCGACGACAAUGCCUGCUAUGGGGGCCUCACCACUCCUUCCCACGAUGACGCCGAAUCAAUCCUCGCUUGGAGCACAAACCCCCGCCCAAACUCCGGGAGCAUUGGGGAGCACUUGGACCGGGCUUAACAUUAGUGUCGACAACUUGUUGAGCCCGAAACAACAAGCCCCAAGACCUACGAUGAAUCAGUUGGCCUCGAACGUUCAAAGUUUGACCCUUGGGAACACGGGACACCCGAUUGCAUCGUAUGGCCAGAACCAAAACAAUAAUCUUUCACCGACGAACAACAACGCUUUCGAUUUGUUGAGUUAACAUGCGUCGGCAUCACUGCCGGCAACCCCCGACUGGGAGCUGUCCUCAAACGGCGACAUCAUGUGUAAAUAGCAAGAUUAGUCAAGCUGGUGCAAUCAUUAAUCAAUCAAUCAAUCGUGAAUCCAUUCGAGCUCCGACUGAGUCAUAUUCCACAGAAUAUCCUGCAAUAGCUGCGGCUGCGUAUUCAGAUGAACAUUCCAGAAAAUUUUCAUUGGGACCACAUAUUCGACUCGAGUUCGUGCUCGGCAUUCCCGCAUUCCACGCUCAGCUUUGAGGCUGAAAUCAAGUCUUGGCUAGGAAUAAUAAUCACGGCAAAGUAGAUAAUCAAGCCGCUGGCGGGAAUUCGGUGGCGACGAGAAAGCGAUUCCCGACGGGGAGGAAGCUUUGUAUCCGAGUGAGAGUCUCUGAGGAAAGAGCUCUAGGAUGAGAUCGUACAAAUUUUUUUUCGCUUACCGCACGUCAUCAUUGACGGGGAUUCCUCCUCACACGGGGAAGGCUCUCAGAUUCCAAGCUGGCUACCAUAGGGUGAGGCCUCUCACCCGGCGGAGCCGUUAAACUCUGCUGUAUGUAUAUAUAUAGAUAUAUAUAGGCUGAAUGUUUAGAAUACCGGUACAAUCCGACUUCAAUGAGUGCAAGCCGCUUAUAUACAUAAUAAUAAAGUGUUUUUAUAUACGGAUAGGGAGAAGGUGAGAAUAGAAGACCCCCGCCCUGAUUGAUCGGUGACAACGCCCUGACUAGAAAAUUAAUGUCGAGGGCGUUUGCGCCGUGAGACUCAUCGCUGACAGCGUGCUCAUGUCUCUAACCGGAUUCCUUCCGUUCUCUCAAGUCUCUGAAGAUAGCGACUUUUCUAAUUUAGAUUGAAUUCUUCCACGCUUAGAUUUGUGGAAAUGCUCGCGAUGUCGAGACCGAGCAGAUAACCGUCGUCUUCGGAAUGGAAAAAAUGUCAAAGAGCUAUACGGGACUGCUAUUCAGAAAACUGGUGAUGGGAAUCCAAAUAAAGAAAAAGUGAAACUUUCUU